GGUGGGGGGACGGUGUCUCGGACUCUUAUUUAACGCGUCCCCUCAUCUGCAGGAGCGAUACCUCUCUGGACAAGAUGGGUGUCUAUCGCGUCCGUGUGUCCACUGGGGUCUCCAUCUAUGCGGGCUCCCAGAACCAGGUGCAGCUGUGGCUGGUCGGCCAGCACGGGGAGGCGGCUCUGCGGACAUGCCUGCGGCCGUCGCGGGACACGGAGGAGGAGUUCAAGGAGGAUGUUUCGGAGUUCCUGGGGCCGCUGCUGUUCGUAAAAGUGCGCAAAAGACACUUCCUCAAGGAGGACGCCUGGUUCUGCAACUGGAUCUCCGUGCGGGGCUCCGGGGCCUCUGACAACGAGUUCUGGUUUCCUUGUUACCGUUGGGUAGUGGGCAACAAUGUCCUGAGCUUGCCGGAGGGCACUGCGGUGCGCGCCUUUGGGCUUCCAGGUUGCACGGUGGUGGGUGAUUCUCAAGGAUUGUUUAGGAAGCACCGGGAAGAGGAGCUGCAAGAGAGGAGGAAGCUGUAUCGGUGGGGUAACUGGAAGGAUGGGUUAAUCCUGGGCAUGGCUGGGUCCAAACUGACCGACCUCCCUGAUAACGAGCGAUUUCUGGAGGACAAGCGAAUUGAUUUCGAGGCUUCGCUGGCCCAGGGGCUGGCAAGCUUGGCAGUGAAGGACUCCCUGAACAUUCUGGCACACUGGAAUGAUCUAGAUGACUUCAAAAGGAUUUUCUGGUGUGAGCGGAGCAAAUUGGCUGAGCGGGUACGGGACUCCUGGAAGGAAGAUGCUUUAUUCGGGUACCAGUUUCUCAACGGCGCCAACCCCAUGCUGCUGAGGCGCUCCACCUGCCUUCCUGCCCGCCUCCUGUUUCCUCCGGGGAUGGAGGCACUGAAGGCACAGCUGGAGAAGGAGCUGAAGGAAAACACGCUGUUUGAAGCCGACUUCUCCCUGUUGGAUAACAUCAAGGCCAAUGUCAUCCUGACCUGCCAGCAGUACCUGGCAGCCCCGCUUGUCAUGCUGAAACUGCAGCCUGAUGGGAAACUCAUGCCUCUGGUCAUCCAGCUGGAACUGCCCAAAAUCGGAUCGUCCUCGCCACUGCCACUGCUCUUUGUGCCCACGGAUCCCCCGAUGGCCUGGCUGCUGGCCAAGUGCUGGGUCCGCAGCGCUGACUUUCAGAUGCAUGAGCUGCAGUCGCAUCUCCUGAGGGGACACCUGAUGGCUGAGGUCUUCACUGUGGCUACCAUGAGAUGUCUCCCAUCUGUACAUCCCGUCUUCAAGUUGAUGGUCCCUCACCUGCGAUACACUUUGGAGAUCAACGUACGGGCCCGGAAUGGUCUGGUCUCGGACUAUGGGAUUUUUGACCAGGUGGUGAGCACAGGCGGCGGAGGCCACGUGGAGCUACUGAAGCGUUGCAAGGCCUUCUUGACCUAUCGUUCUUUCUGCCCCCCUUGUGAUCUGGCUGACCGGGGGCUGCUGGACGUCCCGUCCUCCUUCUAUGCUCAGGAUGCAUUGCGGCUCUGGGAAAUCACCUCCCGCUAUGUGAAGGGCAUCGUGGAUCUCUACUACAAGACGGACGAGGCGGUGAAAGGUGACCUUGAGCUGCAGAACUGGUGUCACGAGAUCACAGAAAUUGGACUGCUCAAGGCUCAGGACCGAGGGUUUCCCACCUCUUUGCAGUCUGUGGCACAGGCUUGCCACUUCAUCACCAUGUGCAUCUUCACCUGCACUGGCCAGCACUCCUCCGUCCACCUGGGCCAGUUGGACUGGUACACUUGGAUCCCUAACACGCCCUGCACCAUGCGUAUGCCCCCACCCACCACCAAAGAUGUGACGCUGCAGAUGGUGAUGGCCACAUUACCCAACUUCCAUCAGGCCUCCCUUCAGACGUCCAUCACUUGGCAGCUGGGCAGGCGCCAGCCCUUUAUGGUGCCUGUGGGCCAGCACCAGGAGGAGUAUUUCUCAGGCCCUGGGCCCAAGGCUGUGCUUCAGCAGUUCAGGGAGGAACUGGCUGCCAUGGAUAAGGACAUCGAGGUCCGGAAUGAAAAGCUGGACAUACCCUACGAAUACCUGCGGCCCAGCCUGGUGGAGAAUAGCGUGGCCAUCUGAGUGCCCUCCUCCCCUCCACUGCUGCCCCUGACUCCUACAAUCCCUUCCAGCCAGCCACAGGCCCUCCCAAACCCUACCCUCUCUGCAUGUCCCACCCUCCCCUAAAAGGAUUCCCCUUCUCCUUGACUGCCUAAGCUUUGGGGUGAGCACCAUGUACUCAGAACAUUGUAAGGUUCCUGCCUCCCUCCUUCCCUGUUUCCCUCCUUGCUUCUUCAACUCUCGCAGAUGGCCAAGAGUAGCCACAUGUAUUGCACCAAAGUCCAGAAUUAAGUUGGAUCAUACUAUAACGCAUGCUACAUGUUUUAUGAAUAAAUGUUAUCUUGAACC